AUGUCAGGAAUUUUACAUAAUUAUUUUGCUAUUAAUGAUAUAAUAGAACUUUCGAAAAUAAUAUGUAAUAUGGCCUAUCAUGUUGGCAUAUCAAAUUCUUACGAAGAAAUGUGUGAUCAUAUUUACUACUUUUUAGGUAGCAUGAUAGCUGAUAAGGUAACUGAUAAAGGUAUAUUUAAUGCAGAUAUUCAUACAUAUUAUGUAGGAUUAUAUAAUGCAAGUGUAAAAAGUAAAUGUAAGUAUCCUAUUUUUUAUAUUAACAUAAAGGAUUUUAAAAAAAUGAAAAUAUUUUACGAUUAUACUAAAAAUUUUGCAAGUAUAAAAAUUGCUCUUAAUAAUAGUAAUAAGAAAUGUAUCUCUGAACAUAAAAAAUACCUUGAUGGUGCAACUGUGAUAUAUAACCAUCUAAAGAAUGAAUGUAAUUCAAGCGAUAGUAAAGAAUAUUGUAAUUUAUAUAAAAAAUUAUUACAAAGUAAUAAUAAUAAAAUCGAACCAUUAACAUGUACAGAAAUUGAAGAUUCAUCCUUACAAUUAUCCACAGUUAUUGAAGGUAUAUCCUUGCAACCAUCCAUAAGGAUUGAAGGUUCCCAUAAAAACGAAGUAGCAUUAUUCAAUUCUGAUUAUACUCAACAUAAGUCAUCUAAAUUAUCUCUUUAUCUAUUAAUUCUUUUCAUUGCUAUAUGCAUUAUUUUCCCUUUUUUAUAUAAAUUUUCUCCAACUGGAACACAAAUAAAAACAAAUUUCAAAGAUAGCGAAGAUGUAUGGAGAAAAUUAAUAGAUACAGGAAAAUAA